CUUCAAUUGAGAAAAGUCUACCUGUAUAACUCUAGCUCCAUGACUUUCCAGGUAUGCUAUAAAGACUCUGCUAAACCAUGCGUUCUUCCAAGAGGAGACGGGGGUCAGGGUUGAACUGGCAGAAGAGGACGAUGGAGAAAUGAUUGCUAUUAAACUUUGGCUCAGGAUAGAAGAUGUUAAAAAGUUAAAAGGCAAAUACAAAGACAACGAAGCCAUCGAGUUCUCCUUUGACUUGAUUCGAGAUGUUCCAGAAGAUGUGGCUCAGGAAAUGGUUGAGUCUGGAUAUGUUGCUGAGGCUGACCAUAAGACCAUGGCCAAGGCCAUCAAGGACAGAGUGUCUCUGAUUCGGAAGAAGAGGGAGCAGAGGAAGCUAGUACGAGAAGAGCAGGAGAAGAGAAAACGGGAAGCGGAACAGCAAGAGUCAUUCAGAGCUUCACAGACACAGGCAGAGGCGGAUGAGACAGAAGCAGAACAUCAUCAACUACGAAGCCAGAGGACCAACACCUCCGUCACAUCCGAAGGAGGCGUGGACAGCGGCUCCUCCGUUUUCUCCCCGGACUCCCCCCACCCAGGACAGAUGACCAUGUCCUACAGUAGCCUGCCGUCGUCCCAACCCCCCUCCCACUGUGGUAGAGCGGCCAUCCCUCUUUUCCUCACUGGCGUGACAAAGAUGUGUGACCGGUUUGAA